CCGCCUCGACCCUGCAAAAGAAAACACACCCUGAAGACAGACAAGCUGCCGACACCAGCCGAGACCCCUCCGGAACACACCGAGUUCACAGCCAAGCUUCACCUCUCUACCGGAGCUCACAGAGCGGACUUCCCGGGGUUGUUGACGUCGCCUGGUCUCAAGACAGAAAAAGGGGAGGGGGGUACUCUGCUGCUGGACCCAGACUACAACCCAUCUGCGCAACACACAGCUCUGAAGAGGGGUGAAGAAACGUCGCAUCAGUGUUCGUUAAAAAUGCCGUUUUCCGUUAACGGCGUCCUUUGCACGCUCGCGCUGCUGGUCCUGUGGCGCGCGGAUGAGUUCGUGGAAGCGUGCAGCUGCGCCCCGGUUCAUCCGCAACAGGCUUUCUGCAACGCCGACAUAGUGAUUCGGGCAAAGGUGGUUGGUGAGAGAGAAGUGGAUUCUGGGAAUGAUAUCUACGGGAACCCCAUCAAGAGGAUCCAGUAUGAGGUCAAACAGAUCAAGAUGUUCAAGGGGCCAAACCAGGACAUCGAGGCUGUGUUCACUGCUCCCGUGUCUGCUGUCUGUGGAGUUACUCUGGAUGCCAGCGGCAAGAAAGAGUACUUGAUCUCAGGCAAGGCGGAGACUGACGGGAGCAUGCAUGUCACGCUGUGUGACUACAUUAUGCUCUGGGACUCCUUGAGUAGCACCCAGAAGAAGGGUCUCAGCCAGCGCUACCAGAUGGGCUGUGAAUGCAAGAUUGUGCGCUGUACCAUUUUGCCCUGUGAGAUCUCUGCUGCUGAGGAGUGCUUGUGGACGGACCUGAUGAUUGAGAAGCAGGUGCAUGGACGCCAGGCGAACCACUAUGCCUGCGUCAAGAGGGUGGACGGCUCCUGCUCCUGGUACCGUGGAGUGGCUCCACCCAAGAAGGAUUUCCUGGACACGGAGGACCCUUAGUCAUGUGUCAUCCCAAAUCAAUGUAAAUGAUUCCAUUGAAAUUAAGACAACAACAUCAGGCAAAGUGAUUUUUGAUAUAUAUAUAUAUAUAUAAGGAAAGGAAAGUUGAUGUGACUGAAAUUACCAGCUGGUCUGAAAACAAUCUUUAGCCGCCCUCUGUAUUUGUUUUUGCGUUUCACUCCUAAAGGCUGCUUUAAGCUCAGCAUUGCUGGAGAUUCACUGACUCAGAAGAGGCUCAGAGGUUGUUUUCGGACACAGUGUCUGUAAAAACAUCUAAAAUAGCAUCAUGAGACAUAGACUGGUCGAGUGAUGAUGUCACUUCCUCCUGAGGCUGGCGUCAGGGGGACAUAAAUCCUAAAGUGAGACAGAGCACUUUCUGCCCCUUAAAGCUCUUUCGUUAAAGCUCUGCUCUCCAAAUCCAUCAAUCAAUCCCAGAUAUAGCGACGAUCAUUGUUACCCAUCGUGUUUCUACUUUUAUUACCUCAUUCUCCAUUUUUACUCCAAAGCCAAAUUCCAAGUUGCCUUUUUUUAAAUGAUUGUCUUACUCUUUCAAAACACCAUUAUUUACUGCUUCUCUGCUGGGAGCUGUUCGGCCACAGGUGACGUCAGACGCCCCACAACAUGCUUAGCUCUUUUCUUUAUAAAGCACAUGAGUCAUCUUGCAUAGCUGAUCUUUUCUGUCGGGUGACAAUCUUUCUUCUUGUUGUGAUUUUUUAAACCAAAGCGUGUGACCUCCACAGGCCUCGCUGGACCAGUCUAUGCUGUGUGGAGAUGAGUGCUCUAAAUUUAAACCUGCUCUUGACACGAAACAACACAAAAGUCAGAAAUAUCCCAAACUUCUCACUCUUCCUCAUCUUCAUCUCUCUCCCUUGUUGUCCCCACUAUGUAGCUGUACAGUUCCUAUGCAUAUACUUUUGUUGUUACUUGAUGAUUAUUUACUGCAUUAGAACUAGAUUUGCACUUUUUGAGGAUGAGUAAAGACAAGAGCCUAAACACUCUGAUGUUCGCCCAGACCGAGAGAUCUGCCUCAGGUGCAGAUUUUUGCCUAUUUUUAGUACAGUACUUUUGGUGAUCCAUACUUACGAGCGUGAGCUUAAUCUUUCUAUAUUUGUCAUGACAGAUAAAACAGUACUUGCAGCGAAAAGGAAUAAAGGGCGUGCCAGAGGUCAGGGUAUAAGGGAUCUUUUAGCAGAUCUUGUGUGUGAAAGGGAAACAAACAGAGCUUGUGGGAUGUUAUUCCAGUGUCUUUGUAUUUUCUGAUGACUGUAAAUGCCAAAAGCAGUUUCAUGAUUUGCUGAUGUAUCCUCGCAGACAGUUUAUUUCAUAAGUAAUUAGGUCUUUAAAUGCUUAAUAAUAGCUUUGACUUGUCUCUCCUGCUCCUCCCUGUUAUUAAUGAAAGCUUUAUUGCUGUCAUAGAAAGCAAGUUACUCAAUCAAAGUUUACAGUGCUGUUUUAUACACCUCAAGCUACAUUAACUACAAAUCUAUAUAUGAUGGAGUAUUAGAGGCAUAAUUUAAAAGUAAACUCUUUCAAUUUUCCAUUACUUUGUAUUUUUUCAGUGUUAUUAUUAUACCUGUCAUGAUUUUUGUGUGUUUUUCGCUGUCUUUGUCUAAGAUGUAUUUAGCUAUUUAGUGUAGAGUUGAGAAGGUCCUCUUGCGCUGGAGUCACGUGAGAGUGAGAGAGAUAAGUGCUUUUUGGAGAGGUGUAGAGAAAUGAGAAUGGGUACUUUGUGUGAAUAGAGGACUGUGCAUGUGUUGAUGCUUUGUGUAAGUCCAGGCAAAGGACAAAAUAUUCAGUAUUAUCAAAUAAAAACGUUUGAAAGAAUGAA